CUAACUCGCGCUAGCCAGCGCUAAACACGGCUCAAUCUCUCCGCGGGCCAGCCUCAGCCCAGCGCGACGACAUCAUCAUCAACCGCCGAAGAUCAGCAUCGACCAUCGACUUGCGCUGCCUCAGCCCCCCGCCGUGGCCUUAAAGAACUCAGACCUUCUCUUCUUCACCCUUUCUUCCCUUCUUUUAAUUCUCCUUUUUAUUCUCUUUUGUUUCGCCUCGUCCGUCUCUUCUUCGCCCCGGGGAAGAGUACCAUCCUCCCUCUCGUUUUGCCCAAUCCGUUCAACCUUGAUCUCCCUCCUAUUCGUGCAACGGGAGAGAGAUUAUAGGCAUCAGUGUGCUCGACAAAGACUGUAUGAGAGAGAGAGAGAUCUGAAUCUGGUGCCACUCUCUCCAGCGCAAUCCCUCCAAGGUUGCCCUUCUAUCUAUAGAAGCAGGUAACACCUUUCCCUACGCGCAUUUCUCAGCGUCUGGUGGAUUACUUCUAGAUACAUUAUUCCUGAGAUAUCUCUCCUGUAUAUUCAUCCGCCUCAUAACUUCCAGCCCUUUUUCUUGUAUUCCUAGGGCAGAUAUACAUACAUACACAUCUAUACGUUCUUAACUCUUCCACAUUCUUUGCAUAAUGACCACCUCCUUCCACUAUCAAUCCCCUCGUGUCGAGGAGGACACUGAGUUUCUGGACCUAAACCUCCCCAAUGUUGCUUUUGAUGACUUCUCUUGCAUGCCCCAAUUCGAUACCUACCCCACAGCCGACUGCGAGUCGAUUGAUCUCUCUAAACUCGAUCAUUUUCCCUUGGAUAGUUCGCUCUGGGACAAUUUCAACCCAGACUUGUUUGCCUCUAGCGAGCCUUCCAUCCCUCUAUCUACUUCGGCCUUGAACGACAUCUGUUCCACCGACUUCAAUUCCCUCCCUGACCCGUCCUCCAUUUGGUUUGAUACUCUGCAAAUGGGUCAUGCCUCGCCCAACUUGUUCUCUCCUGAUUCCACUUUUCCUGAAUCCGCUCUACCCUCCCCCGAUUUAGAUGACUCCACCCAGCGCUUGAACUGGGUUAAAUCCACGCUCAAGGAUCUUGCCUUGGCCAGAGCAGCCAAGGAUACUCGACCUGUAUCGCAGAGGACGAAGCAGAUAGAUGCUUCAAUUGAGUUGUACCUGCAACUUCAAAACGAUAUUAGCUCUGGAUUCCUGGAAGACUGCAAUCCCUCUGCCCAGUCAAUGGUCUGGCAACAUAGCUCGACCACCCUAAGCGAUUCGUCAUUCGAUACUAACUCCUUCUCCGUGACUGGAUCCCCCGGUUCAUCAACUGGCACUGUCCCGGAACUCUCCCCCGCGUUUAUGACAAGGGCUGGGUCAGCAUCCGCCGGACCUUCAAGAACUACACUACCACCUGCAACUGGUGGAGUCGAGAUGGUCCUGGACAUGAAUCUGAACGAAACCACAUCUCUGCCGAGGAAGCAUCGCCCAAAGACCCACGAAGAGCGCCAGAGAUAUAUCGCUGUCCGUAGACAGGGUGCUUGUGAAUGGCACCGCAAGCAACGCAAGCGGUGCACAUGUGUCGACAAAACGGAAUCCGCCAUCACCACCGUCAAGCGAAAGAAGCUGAUGAAGCAUGUCCAAAACCCUUCACCGCAUUGUUCAGGCGCUAUCCUACCGCUUUCGAGCGGAGAUCGCUGGCGUCGCACCAAUGUCCGGCCAUCAAGCGGGCCGCUGGAAUCCUCGUCCCCACUAGACGGGUGCCCCGUUCCCAAGAUCACCUGGCAAUGCCACGGAGAACGAGACCGGCCAUUCGACGAUUCACAAUGUCUCGGAUGUUGUGGAUCGGAGGAACCCACGACGCCACCUCUUAUAAUUAUGGCCAAAGCCAGGUCUAUGCGCCAGGUUCACAAACCGAUUAUCAAUCGUGGAACACUGCAAUUGAUUGAGAGGCAAUCACCGAUCGGGUCAACGGACUGCGACCCGAGACAUGUCCUUCAAUCGCAUCCGCCAAACCUGCUGCAGACAAGGACAGAAACUCAGGCCCCGAUUCCAUCGCGUCCACAGAAUGCAGUUGGUUUGCCUGGGUCUUUCGGGCCAGUACAGGAUCUGCAUAUUCAUAUAAUUGCAAGUCCUGGACAGCCUUCCUCGUCCUUCAAUCCACAUCUCUCCGGCGGCAUCGCGGGAGAUACUCCAAUUUGGCCUAUGCUAGAGCAUUCUGGAGGGAGAAUCCCUGACCACAGGCGCGUCGACGCAGCCGUCUCUGCUCCUGCGUGGGCUGGAGACAGACCGAGGAAUUCACGUCUGAAUGUGGUACCGGAGCCACCAACAAUACGUGGAGACGUUGAGUCCGUCUACAGAGAUGGCCAGAGUAGGGCUACAAACCGCGCCCAAACCGAUGAUUCUUCAAUGGCCAUAGCGUCUCUACGCGUCGUUCGUCUAAUAUUGAGAACGAUAUUAAGGCUAGCUACGCGAUCUUCAUCUCUAUUUAUCCCUUGUUCCAAAUCCAGGCAACCAUUCCAUUCAAUUAGAAAAACGGGGAUGCCACAUGCCGUUCGAAACAGAUCAACUUCCCAUUCUGAAUGGCGAGAACCGAGCACCACCAUGUCGGUACUAUUACUAGCAUGGGGAUGCUUAUUUGUCUCCCCAAUCAUGUCAAUCGUUGCCUUUAUCCUCUUACCUCAUGUUACCCGAAACCUCUCGAAAUCGAACCAGCUAUCCAGGGCGGCCGAAAUUAAUCGCAUUUGCCACCAACGUGUGCAAGGCGAUCUAAGCCCUACCAGGGAGCAGUGCGGGGCGAAAAUUCCAGCCACUCCUACCUCGAUAGUCGGUAAACAAGCAACAGUGACAAGCGAUAGGGAACACCUCAUUUCCAGACUAGGACGCCACAUAGAAGCCCAGCAGAGCAACAGCCCACUAAGCAGGAAUAUGCCAUCCAAUUUCGAUACGAUAGCCCGAAUAGGGAGAUCAACAAAGAACGUACGAAACAACAGGGCACACGCCUCUGAGAACAGCGCAGUUGCUUGUCCUGACGCCCUCAUGGCCCUAUCCCUCGCAAGAACGCAGUUCCGCUCUCAUCACGAUUACCCAGCACCGAUAGAGCCCAAUUCAGCUACCUCAAGCAGGAGCCAACAGUCAGAAAAACGGUAAUUUUGUUCGGGCUUCGAAGUCAACAUGUGGUAUGUUAGCAGCUGCGACGGAACCAGGAAGCACAAGCCCGAGGGUGGCGGUUGCUUUUGCUGAAUAUUUUGAUAUUCCGUGUGCAUCUCUUUUCACCCCUUCAGAUGCCGGACAAAAACAGAACGACAUGACAUCGCAGCCUCUUCGUCCCUCUUACGUCCAUGUUUACUUAUUACUCCCCCCGUCAUCAUUUCCCCCAGCGCCUUCAACGGGGUAACUAUCCGCUUUCCGGCCUUUCAGUUUUUGUAUUUUGUCGUCUUAUUACUUACUCUAUAUACCCCUCAUUUAUUUAACAUUUCGGUUGCUUCUUGUAUUUAGCACCAUCUUCCUCUCGCACCUUAGCUAACAUGUCACGAAUUUCCCCUCCUCUGUCUCCUCACUGAGGCGAAUUGGUAUUCCCAAUGGUCCACUUAUUCUUUUUUUUUUCCCCGCUUUUUACCCGUCCAAGAGGGCCUAGGAUUAAAUAUAAGAAGCAGUGUGGGAGUAAACAACACAAUGAAUACUAAACGAAGGGGUAAAAUACGAUUAGGUUGGACAGAUCGACAAGCCUUGUUUUGAGAUUGGUUAUAUUCUUGAUACGGGCAGUGUAAAUUUUAUAUGCUAUUCUAGAGAUGAAUUAGUAUUAGAGAUAUCUAUUGCUUCUUCGUUCGCUUUACAUCAUAGUACAGCAAGUUUCCAUGGGGGAUUGCGGAUAACGAAAUUGAGAACAAUCUCAAGUUGUAAUUAUGUAUGACCAGAGUUAGAAAUAAUAAGAAGUGGUACGGAUGUCGGCUGUUUAUACGACCUACUCCAGCUGGAGAUCUUGAUAAUCAGGUAGUUUCUAGCUUCUAGGUCAUAGUUAUUAGAGUAAGGAGAAUAAUUAGUUAGCCUUUAUAAAAUAAAAAUAACAAAAUAGUAAUAAAAAGGGAGGUGCUCAUUUGGCACCUAUCCUCCCUGUAAAUAAAGGUCGCGAAAAUAAAAAAAAAUAUAGAUGUCGUAUAGAAAAGAAAUGACAUAGGAGCAACCCCAUCCGCAAGCGACUCACGAGUCGAGUUUACUACCGGUGUCGUCUACGGCGCCGUCGGCGGUUCUCAUGCUCGUAGUGGCGCCUGUGGGAUACUAUAUGAGUCCCCGGCUGAACCGUGAACUCCCCCGCACUUACAGGCUGGUUCGUGCUGUCAGCGCUGCUCCCGUUAUUGUUAUUGUUGUUGUUGUUGCCAUUGCCAUCACCACACUCCGCGUUAUCGUCAUCUAUGCGCUGCUGUCCCAGCACUCGGGGUAGUUUCUGUUUAAAGGAUUCAUGGACAUGCUUGGUAGCCUGCACGGCGCCGACCAUGCCACUCACCCCUGAACCCAUAAGGACAAAGGGGGCGAGGAUCGGGGCUGCCAGGGAGGUUGCCCAGAGGGUUAUCCCGAUCCACCCUGCGGUGGAGGCGGCAAAUGUGGUCGCUGCCGCAGCGUCUUGACCGUUACUCGGCGGCUGAUAUAUGUUCCCGACAUCUUUCAGGUCAAGAGAGUAGGCGUGGGUGUCGUUUAGGGUCGGUAGGUUAAACCAGACGUACUCCUUGGAGUCGUGCUUUAGGCCCUGGACAGUAAGCGGGAAUAGCUUGUCUGGGAAAAUCAGCGGAUCCUUGAUGAGCAUAGGUCGAUAGGCGGGGAUGAUGAGAUGGAACCGCGCUCUUCUGUUGUCGUCUCUGUCAAGAUGCUGUCUCAGGAAGAUCAUCCACAGGCAGAGGGCGUCCAGGUUUUCGGAUACGCCCAGGAGGUUCGGAGGGAGCGGGUUUU